AUGGAAAAACCAACCGUGUCUGAUCAGGUCACACCCGCCAGUAUGAGCCAUGAUGCCGAGAAGACGGCAGGAGUCCACCAGACCGAGAAUGAUCUAUCUGACGACAAGGCAAGUCUGUCUAGUCAAGACUUGCACAACUUUCAAGGGGGAGUAUGGCGAGUGCGAGCUAUUACAACGGCAUGGUCGACUAAGACGCUUGUCCUCAUGUUCAUUCUGCUCUAUCUCGUGUCAUUCGUAGAUGCACUUUUGAGUUCCGUCGAAUCCACACUAAACCCCUAUAUCACGUCUUCAUUCAACAAGCACGGCCUACUCACAGUCGUCAGCGUCGUAUCUACGAUCUUGGGUGGUUCAUCCAAGCUAACACUAGCCAAGAUCAUCGACAUCUGGGGUCGUGUAGAGGGCUUUCUCAUCAUGCUGGUUCUGGUCAUAAUCGGUCUGAUCAUGAAGGCUACAUGCAUAAGCAUGGAGAUGUAUACCGCGGCGCACACAUUAUACUGGGUGGGUCACAUUGGUCUAACAUACGUUGUGGACAUCAUGUUGGCGGAUAUGACCUCGCUCAGAAACCGAAUGUUCAUGCUUGGUCUCAACGGUACACCGGGUAUUGCUAGUGUCUUUGCAGGUCCAAAAAUCGCCGAUCUCUUCUACAACAACCUCAACUUCUACUGGGCGUUCGGUGCGUUCGCUAUCAUGAUGGUUGGAGUUAGCAUUCCAGUCGCUGUGGUGAUGCUGUUCAUGCAGCGCCGGGCUGAAAAAUCUGGUAUACUUGAGAAGAGCCGUUCUGGGCGUGUAUGGUGGCAGUCUAUUGUGCACUAUCUCAUCGAGUUUGACGUGAUUGGAAUCAUCCUGAUCACAGCUGCGUUUUCCCUAAUCCUGCUCCCCUUCAGCAUUGCCUCCUAUGGCCCCAAGGGCUGGGCGACUGGAUACAUCAUCGCGAUGGAAGUCCUCGGGGUAGCAUGCGUGCCAGCGUUCUACCUCUGGGAGCGAUAUGGGUCUCCCGUGCAGUUCCUUCCAUGGAAGUAUUUGAAAGAACCAACAGUGAUCGGUUCAUGCUUGUUAUACGGCGUAAUGUUUAUUUCCUGCUUUACUUGGAACAGCUACUUCGGUUCCUACCUUCAAGUUGUCAACAGACUCGACAUCGUCACAUCCGGCUACGUGCUCAACUCUUUCUCCUUGACCUCCUAUAUCUUCAGCCCGAUCUUCGGCCUAUUGAUUAGCUACACCGGUGACUUCAAAUGGACUGCGAUGGCCGGCGUACCAAUCUUCCUCCUCGGAACAGCCCUAUUAGUCCCAUUCCGUGCACCAGACACACACGUUGGUCUACUGACCAUGGUCCAAAUCCUGGUUGGACUGGGCAGCUGCCUGUUCGCCGUGUGCGGACAACUAGCCGUAAUGGCGACAGUCACCCACCAAGAGAUUGCUGUGGUGAUGGCAAUUUGGGGACUUUUUGGAUCUAUAGGGGCGUCAGUAGGAGUUGCCAUCGCUGGCGGUAUGUGGAACAAUAUUCUGGAGAAGGAGCUGUACAACCGGUUGCCGGCAGCAAGCAAGCAUCUGUCGACCAGUAUCUUUGGCAGCUUGGUGAUGCAGAUGUCGUAUGCAGAUGGUACCCCUGAGCGAGAUGCUAUUGUUGGGGCCUAUGCAGAUCUACAGCGGAAGAUGGCUAUCGUUGGUGUCUGUUUUGUGCCAUUUUGCAUUUUGUGUACUUGGUUUUGGCGCAAUGUCAAUGUCAAGAAACUGGGAAAGGAGCAGACUGCUGGCAAGGUCUACUAG